GGGGUGGACAGACACACACUACACUACAAAACACUUUACUAUACUUCUACCUGUAAGAGGCCACUCACCUGCACUCUCUGUCCUAUCAUACACUCGAGCGCACACGCCUCAUCGCUGGAGCAGAGAUGCUGUGGGCCGCUGCCAAGGGUGCCCUCGUGUGUGCCCUCAUGGCUCUGGUGUCGGGGGGCGGCAUGGAUUUGGGAGGCACUCCGGCCAGCUUCUACCCACGCUUCAACCCCUUCUUCUUCCUGUGCACUCACCACGGCGAGUUGGAGGGUCCGACAGGGGCUGAGGGAGGAGGCGAGGUGCUGCUCACCUUUCAGAUAAACGGAAACCCCUCAGCAUACAUCCCAGGACAAGAGUAUCAAGUGACAAUUUCUACCAGUACAUACUUUGAUGGGCUGUUGGUCACAGGUCUCUACACGUCCACCACUGUCCAGUCAUCUGCAAUCCCAGCAUCCUCAGCUUUUGGGUUUGGUGUAAUGUCAGACAGGCAGUUUGGGACUCAGUUUGUGUGCAGCAUUGUGGCAUCACACGUCAGUCACCUGCCGUCCACCAGCCUGAGCUUCAUCUGGAUUGCCCCUCCACCCGGCACAGGCUGUGUCAACUUUAUGGCCACAGCAACGCAUCGAGGACAGAUCAUCUUCAAGGAUGCUCUGGCUCAGCAACUCUGUGAACAGGGAGCUCCCACCGAGUCUCCAAUGCGACCCAGUCUAGCUGUGAUUCAUGGUGAUUAUGCUGUUCUCCGUGACGAUUUUGAGGAUAACACACAAGAAGAGCUUAAUCUAGAAAUCUGGUCAGACUGCAGUAAUUGUGAAGUUGGAGAGCAGUGUGGUGCACUGAUGCAUGGAAAAGCAGUGGUGUUCUGUGAGCCUUUUGGACAAAGGGAACUGACUACAGUGGCUCUCAACACAAGCACAGCUUCAAUGCUGCAGUUUGCUUUGGGAUCUGGUUCCUGCCGGUUCAGUUACUCAGACCCUAAUAUAAUUGUCUCCUGCGGUCUGAACAACUCUGAUAACUGGAACAUUUUGGAAAAGAUCAGAGCUCCCACUAACAGCAGCACAGUGGUCCAUCUUUUACCAUUGCUUCCAGUGUGUAAAGGGGAGGCUAUGCAUCUGCGCUGGAGUCAGGAGUCACCUGUGGGACUCGAUGGUUACGAGUCUUGCUGGGGUCUGGAUAACAUAGUCGUGGUGAACGCAGCCCACCGACCCCCUCUGCUGGAGGAUGACUUCGACCCUCUGGACACAGCCAACUGGCUCUUCUUCCCAGGGGCUACAGUAAAGCAUGCCUGUCAGUCAGAGGGAAACUCCUUGUACUUUCAUGGUGGAGAGGGAUUUGAACAUAGUUUUGCUGCUACGUGUGAUUUGGACCUGCACAGAGAGGAGGGGCGCAGUUAUUGGGAGGAGGACUUUGAGGGUCCACUCAGUGGAUGGGACAUGGAAGGUGCAGUGUAUGGAACUCAGUGUGGAGAGAUUGAAUCAGGUUCAGCACUUGUAUUUCUCAGAGAUGGCCAGAGGAAGGUGUGUACUCCAUAUCUGAACACAACCUUCUACGGCAACCUGCGAUUCCACUUUACAAUGGGUGGUGGAGGGUGCGACCCUGGAGAAUCCAACAAGAAUAAUGUUGUACUGUUUGGCCGGUCAGAGGGAAACAAAGAUCAUGUGCUUUUGGACAUACUUCCAUACUCAGCCUACAGGACUCCUACAGUUGUAUCAGUCAGCUUGCCCACAGAGCUACAGACUCCAGCUACUCAGUUUUGUUUCGAACAGAAGAGCCACGGUGGUGCCAAGCGUCAUGUUUGGGCUUUGGACUUUCUUCAGCUGCUACCUGUGCUUCCUGGUGCAAACACACACCUGGUGCAGUUUUCAGUCAACCUAGGAUGUGGUGCAUAUCAGCCAGCCAACAGCAUCAACCUUGAGUUCUCAACCAAUCAUGGUCGCUCCUGGUCACUCCUUCGUACUGAGUGUCUUCCUGAUCUGUGUGCUGGGUCACAUUUCCCACACAGCAGUGUCUACUCAUCAGAGAACUACAGCGGUUGGACAAGGAUCACAGUUCCCCUGCCAAAUGCUGCCCUCACAGAAAGCACACGCUUCCGCUGGAGACAGGCCACUGUAGGAAUGAACAACAUGUGGGUCAUUGACAACGUUUAUAUUGGUCCAUCCUGUCUGCGCUUCUGCUCUGGUAGAGGACACUGUACACGCAAAGGCUGCAAGUGUGACCCAGGAUUCAAUGGCCCAGCAUGUGAGCUUGCUUCUCAGACCUUCCCUGCGUUUCUGUCAGAGAGUUUCUCAAGCGUCAGACUGUCAUCCUAUCACACCUUCUCAUCAUUGCGAGGAGCAGAGGUCAGCUUCGCCUGUGGGGUUUUAGCCAGUGGGAAGGCGUUGGUCUUUAAUAAAGACAGCAGAAGACACAUCAUUACAGCCCCAUUAGACAGCUCACAGGCCAGGUAUCUUCAGUUUACACUGAGAUUAGGAAGUAAAAGCAUCUUGAGUUCAUGUCCUGCUCCAGAUCAGCCAGGAGAGGGUGUCCUUCUGCACUACUCUUCAGAUAAUGGUGUUACCUGGAAACUUCUGCAGCAUUAUGCUUAUCAGGGCUUCCAUGAGCCGAGGAUUGUUUCUGUGGAACUUCCUCCUGGGGCCCGUACAUUUGGGGUCCAGUUUCGCUGGUGGCAGCCGUACCAUUCCGGGCGUGGCCAGGAUGUUUGGGCUCUUGAUGAGAUCAGCAUGACCUCUGUACUUUUCAACAUCAUCAGCCUGGACUUCAGCAAUGUGUUAGAUGUUACUCAAAGUCUAGGCUUCUAUCUGGGGAACAUACAGCCAUACUGUCAGCAAGACUGGACUCUAAGUUUCUCAGGCGAUCAUGGCACAGCCUCCAGCAUUCGCUAUGUGGAAACACAGUCCAUGCAGAUCGGAGCCUCCUAUAUGAUUCAGUUCUCUUUGGUCAUGGGCUGUGGACGUGAGCCGUCCCCUAACAUUGACACUCAGGUUCGGCUGGAAUUUUCCACCAAUCAUGGCUUGACUUGGCAUCUUGUCAAAGAGGCCUGUCUCCCUGGAAUGCCAAGCUGCUCAGAGUUUACCGCUUCCAGUGUGUACCACCCCUCUGAAUUCACAGACUGGAGACGGAUCACACUUCCGCUCCCAUAUAAAACCUGGUCAAGUGCAACACGCUUCCGAUGGAUUCAAAAUUACUACCAGGAACAGGAUGAGUGGGCAUUAGAUGACAUAUACAUCGGACAACAGUGCCCUCAGAUGUGCCGCGGACAUGGCUGGUGUGACCAUGGACACUGCAGGUGCGAUGAAGGUUUCACUGGUUCAGACUGCCAGCCAUUUUCCACUUUAUCCUCCAGUGUACUCUCUGACUUUGAGUCCCAGAACACACUGAUGUCAACAUGGCUGGAAGUGACUGGUGGACAUAUAGUGCCCCCUGACCAGGGCUGUGGGGUUGUUUCUUCUGGAUCCUCUCUGUACUUUAGUAAGGCUGGGCUAAGGCAGCUAGUGAGCUUGGACUUGGACACUGAGUGGGCAGAGUUUGUGCAGUUCUAUCUGCGGAUGGGUGGAGAUUGGGCAGAGUGUAAUCAAGCAGACAGCCGAGAGGAGGGACUUCUGCUGCAAUACAGCAAUGAUGGUGGAAUCAGCUGGGGUCUGAUAGCUGAGAUGUACUACACUGACUUCACCAAGCCGAGAUUUGUUCAUUAUGAACUUCCACCGGCUUCAAAAACACCGUGCACCCGUUUCCGCUGGUGGCAACCCCUACACUCAGGUGAGGGCUAUGAUCAAUGGGCCAUCGAUGAUGUCAUCAUCCUGUCUGAAAGGGAGAAGCAUGUCAUCCCGAUGGCCAAUCCUACGCUUCCCCAGAACUUCUAUGAGAAACCAGCAUUCGAUCAUCCACUGAACCAGAUGGGCGUGUGGCUGAUGCUGGGAAAUGAGGGAAUGGACAAGGAUCGGAAUGGGAGUUUCUGUGCACCUACGCCCUCUGCAAUAGUGUUUGGGCGCUCUGAUGGUGACCGCAUGGCUGUGACUCGAGAUCUAUCUCUCCGUCCUGGCUACACACUGCAGUUCAAGCUGAAUAUUGGCUGUGAGUCAGUCUUCAGUGCAUCUGCUCCUGUACUGCUUCAGUACUCGCAUGACGCCGGGCGCACAUGGACUCUGGUGCAGGAGGGCUGUUACCCAGCAUCACCUGUGGCAACAAACUGUGAGGGCAGUGGAAGGGAACUAAGAGAGUCCACUAUUUACAACACUGGAGACUAUGAGCGCUGGACCAGGAUUACUGUUAUAUUACCACGAAUUGUAGCUGCAAGUAAGACACGUUUUCGGUGGUUCCAGGAGAGCAGCGUCUACCGGGACGUACCAGCAUUUGCACUGGAUGGCGUCUACAUCUCAGAGCCCUGUCCAAAUCAUUGUGGGGGUCAUGGAGACUGUAUUUCAGGGGUCUGUUUCUGUGAUAUGGGAUAUACAGUUGAGGUUGAUCACUCGAGUUGUGUGCUAUCUUCACCGAGUCCCACUGAACUGGUCGAGGACUUUGAAGGUAAACUGAAUGCACUGUGGCAAAGCUUGAGUGGGGGGCAGAUUGGGGAUGGCUGUGGCACCAUUGGUGAAGGUAAAGCCCUUUACUUCAGCAGCCCUGGCAGACGAGAAGCCCGAACCGUGCCCCUGGAUACCACCAACACUCGUUUGGUUCAGUUCUACAUUCGGAUCGGAGGGAAGAACAUGGGAUCAGCAUGUACUCGACCACGCUCUCGCAAUGAAGGUGUGAUCGUCCAGUUUUCCACAAACAAUGGUGUUCAGUGGCAGCUCUUACGAGAGCUGGAUUUUGCGUCUUUCCUGGAACCUCAGGUAGUGACCAUCGAGCUGCCCCCUGCGGCAAAGAUGCCACACACCGUGUUUCGCUGGUGGCAACCACAGCAGGGUAAACACUCUGCCCAGUGGGGUCUGGAUAGUAUUCUCAUCGGAAUGAACGACAGUGCCAGAAAUGGAUUUCUUGACACAUUUGAUGGGACGUCUCCAUUAAGACAAAACUGGUAUCGAGUUGUUGGUGCGGAAAUCACAACAGAUUGUCAGAGUCGAGACUCUGUGUUAAAGUUCAACUCUGAGCUUAUGAACAAGAGGCCGCGUUACGCUGAGAGUUGGGAUUUCGAGGUGUCCGGCUCUUCGUUCCUUCAGUUUGAUCUGAGUAUGGGCUGCAGUAAGGCUGUGUCUCCAGCCCAUGGUGUUCAUUUAGAGUUCUCCACAGACUCCGGUAGACACUGGACCCUCAUUACACCUGAAUGUGUGCCGCCAGCCAUUGGCUGCUCUGGAUACUCACAGAGAUCUGUGUACAGUACACCUCAGUACCUGUACUGGAGGAGGGUCACUGCCUAUCUUCCAAGUGCAGCCAUCUCACCCAGAACAAGGUUUCGCUGGAUUCAACCUCAGUUUGCCCCUGGAGCAGACGGUUGGGCUCUGGACAAUGUGCUGCUUACCCCUGGCUGCCCGUGGAUGUGCUCAGGACAUGGACUGUGCGACAACGGACACUGCAUUUGUGACUCUGGCUAUGGCGGUGCUCAUUGUGUGCCUCUAGUUCCUCUGCCAUCUGUUCUGAAGGAAGAUUUCAAUGAGAACUUAAAGCCGGAAAUCUGGCCAGAAGUGUACGGGGCAGAGAGGGGCACGCUGAGCGGAGAGCCUCUAAAAUCAGGAUCAGCACUCAUCUUUAAAGGGGAGGGACUGCGUAUGCUGGUUUCAACAGAUUUAGACUGCACUAACACAAUGUACAUCCAAUUUACAUUCAAGUUCAUUACAAAGGGAGUACCUGAGCGUUCUCACUCUGUGUUGCUGCAGUAUUCAGUGAAUGGAGGAAUCAGCUGGCUGCUCAUGGAUGAGUUUUACUUUCCCACUUCCACCAACACCCUGUUUGUUCACACAGCUUUACCCCAGAGUGCACAGACAAAUGCUACACGAUUUAGACUAUGGCAGCCUUACAACAGUGGUAAAAAGGAAGAAGUGUGGGUGAUUGAUAACCUAAUCAUAGAUGGAAACAGGGCUAAUACCUUACCAGUUAUAUUUGAAAGUUUUGAGGGUGGGGCUGAUGUGGGAAACUGGCUGUUUUAUCCUGGAGGCAACACUGGAUUCUACUGUCCAUACCAGAGAGAGGGCCUGGAGGAUGACUCUGCAAUGGUGUUUAUGUCCAGCGAACUGGGUGAACACUCUAUUACCACCAGAGAUAUUGAUGUAAACGAGAACACUGUCAUUCAGUUUGAGAUUAAUGUGGGCUGCACAACUGACAGCUCCUCCCUAAACCCUGUUCAUCUGGAGUUCUCAAGAGACUUCGGAGCCACAUGGCAUCUGUUAGUUCCUCUGUGUGCUGGGGGACCAAGGCUUAGCUCUCUUUGUUCUACUGAGCUCCACCCUGCCAGCAUCUACUACCCAGGUACCACUCAGGGCUGGAAGAGAGAAGUUAUCCACUUUGGCAAGCUGCGAUUGUGUGGCUCAGUGAGGUUCCGCUGGUACCAGGGAUUUUAUUCUGGUGGCAUGAUCCCACCUACCUGGGCUCUGGACAGCAUUUAUAUUGGCCCUCAGUGCCAGAACAUGUGUCAUGGCCAUGGUACAUGUGUUCGGGGCACUCAUUGUAACUGUGAUCCGGGAUACUCUGGAGCAGACUGCUCUGUCCCAGAUAUGCCAAAUCCAGAUUUCCUGAAGGAGGAUUUUGAAGGUGGUGUUUUAGAAUCAGAGCAUUUCAAGUUGAGGAGUGGAGGAAAACCUUCCAGAAAGUGUGGCAUCACCACCAGCGGGAAUCACCUGUUCUUUAGCGACGAUGGUUUGCGUAUGCUAGAAACUUUAGAUCUGGACCUGUCAAAUGCCAGGUUUGUCCAGUUUUUUUUGAGACUGGGAUGUGGGAAAGCCACCCCUGAUCCACGCUCUCAGCCUGUGCUCCUGCAGUUUUCUGUGAAUGGAGGCCUGAGCUGGACUCUUCUUCAGGAAUUCCUGUACAGCAACAACAGUAACCAAGCACACCUGGUAGCUCUCGAGAUCCCUCUCAAAGCCCGUACUCCAGCAACACGCCUGCGCUGGUGGCAGCCAUCUGAGAACGGCCAUUUCCAUAGUCCAUGGGUUAUUGAUAAAUUAGUUGUGGGCGGCAGUGCCAGUGGUUGGGGGCCAUUAGAGGAUGACUUUUCUUCUACAAACAGCCGUUCUUGGCUGCUGCACCCCGGUGGCACACGAAUGCCAGUGUGUGGCUCUGAUGGUGAAGCUUUCGCAUUCAUCGAGAAGUCGAGCACGCGCUAUGCCAUCACCACAGACAUCAGUUUGGGCCCGGACGCCUUUAUCCAGUUUGAGUUCUCUGCUUCCUGCUCCGUCACAUCCUCCUGUUACACAAUAGAGCUGGAAUACUCAUUAGAUCUGGGUCUCACAUGGUUGCCGCUGGUGAGUGAUUGUUUACCUAUGAGUCCUGACUGCUCCACCUACACGCUCCAGAGACUGCUGGUGUCCGAUACUUAUAACAAGUGGGGAAGAGUUACUCUACCCAUACCAGCACAUGCCAGGUCUACGGCCACACGAUUCCGCUGGUUCCAGCCGGCGCCGUUUGAUAAACAGCAAACGUGGGCUCUGGAUAACCUGUAUAUCGGCGAAGGCUGUCCUGAAAUGUGUUCCGGACAUGGGUUGUGCAGACGGAGCUCCUGCAUAUGUGACCCCGAGUGGGGUGGUGAGAUCUGCGACGAGCCUCUGCUCUUUCUGGCCACGCAGCUAAAGGACAGUUUCAGUCGAGCCCCAGCACUUAAUCACUGGCACUUGCUGACCGGCGGCAAGAUCAGCACAGUGUGUGGGGUUGUGGCCUCAGGAUCAGCCCUGCACUUCAGCGGGAGCUGCUCUCGGCAGCUGGUCACAGUGGAUUUGAAUCUGACCAGUGCUGAAUUCAUUCAGUUCUACUUCAUGUACGGCUGCAUGAUGGCACCCAGCGGUCGCAGUCAGAGUGUUCUUCUGGAGUUCAGUGUGAAUGCUGGAAUCAGCUGGAAUCUGCUGACUGAGAUCUUCUAUGACCAGUACCGCAAACCUGAGUUUCUAAAUGUUCUGCUGCCCCCAGCGGCCCGGGCAGUAGGUGUUCGGAUUCGUUGGUGGCAACCUCAGCAUGACGGGGCUGAUCGUAGUGAUUGGGCCAUGGAUAACGUUCUGAUCUCUGGGUCAGACGCUCAUGCUCAGAUCUCUGACACCUUUAGUGGAGCAGCGCUGCCCAGUCAUGAGAGAGCACCUGCUGACGGCACUUACACCCAACACAGCAGCUCAUUUACUGACCACGAGGAGACCAUCGUGAGCGAUCACUGGCUCUUCUCUGAAGAUUGCUCUGUCAAGCGCUUCUGCAACUCUCCAGAUGGGGUUAUGGCAUGUGGUGGCACCGAUGGACAGGAAGUUGAUGUUGUCACACAUGACAUUGUUCCUGCCAAAGGCUGGGUCAUGCAGUUUAAGAUAGCAGUUGGCUGCAGUGUACCUGAGAGGCCUGUGGAGAGACAGGUUCACGUGCAGUACUCUGUGAACUUCGGCGUGACUUGGAAGUACCUGGUCCCACAGUGUUUACCUGCAGAUCCGCGCUGUGCCGGACAAGUGUCGCAGCCGUCUGUUUUCUUUCCCGCUGACGGAUGGAAGCGAGCCAUCUACCCUCUACCGGACAGUCUUGCAGACACUACGGUCCGCUUCCGCUUCUAUCAGAGGCAUUCAGAUUUGCAUUGGGCAGUGGAGAAUUUUUAUAUUGGUCCUGCUUGUGAAAACCACUGCGGAGGUCACGGAGACUGUCUGGACCAACAAUGCCGGUGUGACCCAGGAUUCACUGGACCCAAGUGCUACGCUAGCAAAAUUUUCAAGCAGGCAUCACUGAAGGAGCGCUUUGACUGGGAUGGAGCCCGUGGAGCACAGUGGGAGCUGUUGGAGGGUGGUUAUCCCUGCACCGACUGUGGGGUGCUGGUGGAAGGGACUGCUUUGUAUUUUAAUGGGGCAGACGCCAGGCAGGCAGUAACUAAAGAUCUGGACUUGCGUGGGGCAAAAUUUGUGGAGUACUGGGCAAAAAUUGGCAGUGAAGAGAAUAUUACUCUGUGUCACCGCCCCACAUGUCGAAAAGAGGGUGUGUUACUGGAUUAUUCUAUUGAUGGAGGUGUGUCUUGGACUUUGCUCCAUGAGAUGGACUAUCAGAAGUAUGCAUCAGUGAGGAGAGAUUACAUUGUGUUGCCUGAGAGAGCUCUAACCAACGGCACACGCCUGCGUUGGUGGCAGCCGUUCUCACUGUCAUCAGGCCUGGUCAUGCCGAGUGUGGAGCGCGCUCAGUGGGCCUUAGACAACAUCCUAGUGGGAGGAUCUGACAUUAACCCCAGCACUCUACUGGACACUUUUGAUGAUGAGGGUGUAUCUCAUGAAGAGAGCUGGAGCUUCUAUCCCAAUGCCGUUCGCACAGCUGGGUUCUGUGGAAACCCGUCUUUCCAUUUGUAUUGGCCAAACAAAAACCUGGACGGAUCUCACAACAUCCUGGCAACCCGCGAACUGAUCGUUCAGCCUGGAUACAUCUUGCAGUUCAAGAUUGUGGUCGGCUGUGAAGCAGACAGAUGUGAUGACCAUCAUUCUGUACUUUUACAGUACAGGAGGGAUGCCAGGUCAGAUGUGUGGCAGUUAGUCCAAUCUGCCUGUCUGCCAUCCUCCAUUAACAAUGUAGGCUGCUCACCUUUUCAGUUUCACGAGUCCUCCAUCUACAGUCCAGUCAACAGUUCAGCAUGGACCAGAGUCACUAUUCAACUGCCUGACCACGUUUCCUCAGGCGCAACACAGUUUCGCUGGAUUCAGCAGGAGGCCACUGGUGAGCGCUACAGCUGGGCCGUGGACCACGUCUACAUCGGGGAAGCGUGUCCGGGAUUGUGCAGCGGUCAUGGCUACUGUACAAGUGGAUCUGUCUGUAUAUGUGAUGAGGGAUAUCAUGGUGAUGACUGCUCUUUGUCCAGCAGCGACCUGCCCAGCUCCAUAAAAGACAACUUUGAGUCUGGUUCGGUGUCCCAGGAGAGCUGGAGUUUGAUUCAGGGUGGCGGGGUCAGCAGCGGCUGCGGUCAGCUUUCUCCUCAUGCUCAUGGGGAUUCACUGUACUUUAAUGGCUGCGACACCAGACAAGCCAUCACUAGACUUCUAGACCUGACCCGUGCCAGUAAGAUCAUGUUCGUACUGCAGAUAGGCAGUCUGUCUCAAACAGACAGCUGUAAUACUGCCCUGGAUCAGGCGGAUACAGUCGACCGGGCCGUACUGCUCCAGUACAGCGUCAAUAACGGAGUUAGCUGGCAUGUCAUUGCACAGCAUCAGCCAAAAGAUUUCAUCAAGGCUCAGAGAGUCUCCUACAACAUCCCACUUGAAGCUCGUGUGAGAGGUGUGCUGUUACGAUGGUGGCAGCCGCGACAUGACGGUGCAGGUCGUGACCAGUGGGCUCUGGACCAUGUGGAAGUCAUUCUGUCAGGGUACUCUCAAGCCCAAACCAUUGUGCAAGCCAGCAGCAGUCCCAUCCUGCAUCUUAUAACCGUUCCUUUCUUCUGUAUUCUGCUCCCUAUGGCAUGGCUGUAGUGUCAGUACCCGUAAACAAAACUACAUGAUGAACUACUCGAGACAAACUGGUCUACACCACUACUACAACAGGAAAAGGCGGGCAUUGCGAACCUAAACCACCUGCCGAUUGCACAUCAUUCUGUACGCUACAGUACGCUUUCCAUGAUGAAUAAACACCAUGUCAGGUCACUACUGUCAGCAUAUGGCCAUUCUCUCCCAUCUGAACUAUACAUGGACCAUCUAGUCCCAUUUCUAGCCAAUCAAUGCCUUCCCAGAGCAGUGUGAUGGGAAAGACGAAGCACCUAAUUAUAUGGUAAUUUUUAAUAUACUGUACUCUUAAAGAACUGCAGUUUAUUAUUAUUGUUAUAUUAUUUGAACUCUCCUGAUGUGAACUCUUUCAAGAACGCGCUCUUAAAUUCACCUCACCCUCUACCACACUGUGAACAUUAUUCUGAUGGUUAUGAUGAUGACCGUUAAGUUCGGGAGUAAGACCACAGAAGUGAACAGAUGAAGAAUUCACGCUGAAGCCAUUUUAACAAGGAAGAUAAUGACAAUGUGUUUUGCUGUUGUGUGUUUGUGGGUUUGUUCUGUGAUGCAUUGAUUGUGGUGUUCCAAUCAACGUGUUAGUUUUAUACUGACUUGUAUCUUCAGGCUUUUGUCAUUUUUCUUUUGUGAGACAAGACACUUGGCCUGGAAAAGCAAAGAAACAAAGUCAGAGACAAAAAAGACACACAAAAAAACCAAUUUAAAAGAGACUAAAAACUAACAAUGUUUGUUGUUGCUGAUAAAUCACUUUUUAUAUAUCUUGGUUACUUAAAAAUAUUUAUGGUAAAUGGUCCUGUACUUAAUCUAUUUAAAAUACACCAUGCGUGAAUUUUUUUUUUUUUUUUCAUUUUAAGUUAUUAGGCCAGAGGUGGGCAGUACUGGUCCUGAAGGGCCCAUGUCAUACAAAGUUUAGCUCCAACUCAAACACAACUGGAAAAGCAAAUCAAAGUCCUCAAAAUUAUUUGGAAAUGACAUGUUUGAGUAAGGCAGUAGAGCUAAACUCUACAGGACAGUGACCCUUGCGAUUGGAAUUGUCCACCCCUGUAUUAGGCAAAGAUAAGGUUCUUGUUUGUAAACAACACCCUACCAUCUACAUUGUGUGUCCUCCCACUGUGCUGUUACCCACCUUUUGUUUGAUACCUGUUAUGAUGUUUUCCUCUCCCCUUGGUGUAGCUCUCCACCACCACCUAUAUAUAUAUAUAUAUAUAUAUAUAUAUAUAUAUAUA